CGCCCGCCCCGGGCCGCGCAUAAAAGCGGCCCCGCGGCCGCCCGCCCGUGCCCGCCCUCCCGCUGCCGCCGCCGCCGCCGGGCCAUGGCCAAGGACCAGCUGAAGCCGCGGCUGUGCCGCAUGCUGAAGGGGGAGAGCGGGUACGGCUUCCACCUGCACGGCGAGAAGGGCAAGAGCGGGCAGUUCAUCCGCAAAGUGGAGCCCGGUUCGCCCGCAGAGGCGGCGGGGCUGCGCGCCGGGGACCGCGUCGUCGAGGUGAACGGGCUCAACGUGGAGCAGGAGACGCACCACCAGGUUGUGCAGCGCAUCAAGGCCGUGGAGACGGAGACGCGCUUGCUGGUGGUGGACAAGGAGACGGACGAGUACCUGUGCAGCCUGCGGCUGACGUGCACGGAGGACAUGGUGCACAGCGGGAUCCUGCUCGGCUCCGCCGCGUCUCCCAACAAGUCAGCGGGCAGCGACAACGGGGAGGUGUGGAAGCCGCAGCUGGAGCUGAGCGGGGACAGCCUCCAGCACCACUCACACAGCUUCUCCUCGCACGGCAGCAGGAAGGAUUUAAACGGACAGAAGGAGCUGUGCCCACGUCUCUGCCACCUGAAGAAGGGUCCCAAUGGCUACGGCUUCAACCUGCACAGCGAGAAGUCCCGGCCGGGGCAGUUCAUCCGCUCGGUCGAUCCCGACUCACCGGCUUCCAGAUCCGGGCUGCGGCCCCAGGACCGCCUGGUGGAGGUGAAUGGCAUAAACGUGGAGGGGCUGCGGCACUCGGAGGUCGUGUCCCACAUCAAGUCCAGGGAGAACGAAGCCAGGCUCCUGGUGGUGGACCCCGAGACAGAUGAUUACUUCAAGAAGCUGGGGGUGACCCCCACGGAGGAACACACCAAAGGUGUGGUGCCUCAGCCCAUGACAAAUGGAUCUGCACAGACUCAGCUGAAUGGAGGAUCCACAUCUUCAUCUCACAGUGACCUUCAGAGUCCUGGGAAGGAAUCAGAGGAUGGGGACAUAGAGAAGAAAGACCCCUUUGAGGAGAGCGGCUUGUCCCUGAGCCCAACGGCUGCCGAGGCCAAGGAGAAGGUGAGGGCCAAGCGGGUGAAGAAGAGAGCCCCGCAGAUGGACUGGAACAAGAAGAGGGAGAUCUUCAGCAACUUCUGAGCCUUGCUGGUGGCCGCCGUCCACCUCAAUCCUGCCCCAGCCUGGACGUUCUGAGGUGCCUACGCCCUGUCCUUCAGUGUCCACGUGAGAUGCUUUGUGCUCUGCUCUUCACUGGUUGCUUUUACAAGGCGUAUUUUAAAGUCCCUUUAUUUUGUAUUUUUUAUUAUUAUUAUUGUUAUUAUUAUUAUUGUUGUUACUCACCAGCGAUUCUCAUAAGAAAUGUGACCAAAGCUCCUUUUCUUGCUUGCUCUGGCUGCCCGCCGUCCCCUGUUCCUAUGAGAAAGGACUGGAAGAGUUUAACUCUUUAUUACCUGCAUCAUUUAGGCUUCUAUUACCUUUUUCUAGUUGUAUUUGGGGUGUGUGUGUGGUCUGUGGGUAUCCCAGGCUGAGCCCCAUGGGAUGCUCCGUGCCCUCGUGUGAUGUUGUACGGCCUCAUACCCCCAUUGUGGUGGGGACCCCAGGCUGGGGUAUACCUGGCAGCCCUCCCCAGCGCCCCGUCCUCUGCUCACACGAUGGGAACACGGACAGUGGCUGUAAAUGGCUCUUGUUGGCUUUGCUCUGGAAAUGAAAAAGGUUGGUUUGUUGUUUUCUUGGGUUUUUUAAGUGAAGUCCCAUAUGUUUCUGGUUAGUUUAGGAACCUCCCUCCCCACCAGCGACAUCUGCCCGGGUGAGAAAAGCCCUUUUUCAUCCCUGACAGCUCUGCAGAGGGGAGGGCAGGAUUUAAACACAAACCCCAGACACCACAGGGCUCACCAUUCACAUCAUCAGUGCAGUGCUGAGCGCUGGGGGAAGGCAGGGAGCGGGGCCAGUUCUGCCCUAUGAUGUGAGGAGCAGUGCUGCCUGCCUGGCUCCAGCAGCACUGCAAGAGGACAAGAGCCACGAGAUGCUGCAGAACCUCUUUGGACUUGGAAAUGAGCACAACGCAGCAUCUGUUUCUAGGGAGGAACAUGGGGAUGGGGCUGUAGCUGUGGGCUUGGUGCUGGGUCCUGGUCCCAUCUGGUUUGUUACUUCUGGUAUUUGGGCUCCAGAUUUGGAGCUGGUGUUUGAUGCCUCCAUCCUAUAACCGCGUCUGUCUUGACAAUAGGAAGGUGUCCUCGGAAGCCUGAGGUCUCCGUGGGGCUGGAUAUGAAGCAGGCAGUGGUGUUAGGGAGUGGGCAGUUGCUUUAGCUGUCUAUGGCCUCCUUUGGAAACACCCUGCUCUUGGUAAUAGAACCUCAAAAACGUAUUGUUAAAGCAUUACAAAUUAAGCCCAUUUAAGCUCUUUAUUACUUGCCUUUGGCUGUAAGGGAGGGAGGAGGAGGAAGCUCGACUACAACCCUCUCUCACAGGUUGCAGAGGUGUUCUACCAGAGCAGUGGCCCAGUCGUGAUGGGGCUGCCCCGUAUCCCUCCUGUGCCCCAGCAGCUCCCCAGGCUCUGCUGCCCCAUAUUUCAUCUCAAAUUCCAUGGCAGCAGUGGGAAGGGACUGGGCACAGCAGGACAGUUGAGUACAAAACCACUUCCCCAAGCUAAAGGCAACUGGCAGCAAUCCCUUGGACAUGGAUGACUAUUGAAAAGCACAUGGCUGUGAUUUUGCCCUGCAUUACAAGCCCGUGGCCUUUGUAUUGAUUGGUGUCUUAUGGAUAUUGUAAUGGCUCUGGGUGCAUUGCCCACGUAUUGAGCUAAAAGGUGCCUUAGAACAUUCACAGCUCUCCUUGGCAGCGGGUCAGGCUCAGCACUGCAAUGGGUUGGGGCAGGGCAGGGCCACUUGGCUGUUUGCUGGCUGACAGGAGAGUGAGGAGAGCCUCAGGGGUAAAGGUGAUGAGUUCUUUUUUAUGGAAGUUAUCUUUUAUAGGAGCAUGGAUGGGUGAACAGGUUGGAAACAGUGACUUGGGAGAGGAAGCGGUGCAGGCGUUUGGCUAUGGGGUGAGCCUGGCAGCGGGAUGGUGGCUCAGGAUGCAGAGAGGUUUGCCUCCCCUCCAGGACUCUGCCAUUAAGAGACCUCUUUCCUCGUGUUCCAAGACAAUUCCCUGCUCUCUUUUUGCCCCCUUUCCCAAAUACCUCCUUCUGUAAGUCAGUAAUCUCUUGAAGGAGCCCUUUCCCAGGGUAUGCACGUUGCUUCCCAUGCCUGCACAGCCAAAGCCCCAGCAGUGCCCUGCUCUGCGCAGGGCAGAACGUUCCCCAUGCCACCAGCCUCCAUGUCUCACUCUGAUGCAUGUCAGAGAGCAAAGACCUGUCUGUAAAUAGCCCGUUUCCCACACCAGGCUGCACCGCUGUAGCUGAGGAGGGGGAUGAAAGAGAACGUGUAGUUUUGAAUGCAGAUCAAAGGAAAUCAGGUGUGCAAACGUGUACUGAUAAGAUUCUCAAAUCUUCAAUCUCUGCUUAUUCCAUGGAAACUGCUCCUGGUUAAAGCACUUAGCGUCUUCCUGACAUCUUGUAGCUCAGUAAUAAUCAUUCAGUUCCUGUACCUUUAACUUGGAAAAAAAAUCAAUAAAGUAUAAGGCUGUCAGCUGCAUUGCAAAACCAUAAUGUACACUGUAAUGUCAGUAAUAAACUUCGUUUUCCCAUGUA